GAUGGAGGUUUUUUCACCCAGGGUGCUGUUCGGACGUGUACCUUCUUCGGUUGUUACCCUCGCAUUACAAAAGUUGGAAAAUUUCUGCCGGACAUUUUGAGAAGUAAACCCGUUUUUAAACCCUUUCCAGGUGGCUGCCACCUCACAKAAAGUGCCAAACGAUCUAUUAGUUUUCUGAGAAGGAGCCUAAUUAGUUUACUUGUCGUGGAAAACAGUCUUCGGUGCCAACGAGGCUUGUUUACUUUGGUAUUUGCUUGUAGGAGAGAGAGUUUUUAUUUGGAGUUGAAUGGUCAUGGUCGAUGUCAACUUCCACUUUGUGAGCGACUGUUUCGGUUUACUCAGCUUCUGUUUCAUGCAUUUGGAAUAGGAUGCACCCGACUGGAAGCAUGAUGUACGAUGCAACCCGUAGUCGUCGUACWAGCACACAAGACGACCACCGAGCCAUGCAGAGAGCCGGUUCUGAAUCUCUUAUACGAACUGACUUAGAUCAUUCAAAAGAGAUCAUCAAAUCCGAAAUUCGAAAGCAACUCAAGAUAAAAGAAGGUGCCGAGAACUUGAAGAAAGUUGCCACAGAUAAAAAAUCUUUGUCACAAUGCAACGCAAUUUUAAAAGAAUCGAGCGCCAAACUACAAGAUCUGCACCAAGAAUUACAGGAUUUGAACGCUAGAGUUAGUGAAGAUCCUAUGUUUGAUAUGGAAGAUGGAAACUCACCAGAAAGAUCUAAUGGUAAUGCCAAUGAUGAACCCCAAAACACAAAGCUAGUAUCACUUCAGAAGCAAAUGGCAGUGGAAAAUAAAGUAAAACAAGGCGCUGAGAACAUGCUUGCUAUGUAUACUAACCUCAAAACCAAAGACAAAUCCAAAAUGCUUGCAGAAGCACAGCAAAUGCUUGAAGAUGCUAAAACCAAAAUGGAAAUUAUAAGAAUGGCAAUAUUGCGAGAGCAACAAGCGGCACCCUUAGCUGAAGAAGGUUCCAGAAAACAAAGUCUGGUAGGAACACGUAAACAAAGUAGUACUUCAGCAUUAGGACUGUCACCUAUUGAAUUACGUGUUGAGGAAGUUCGGCAUCAUAUUGAUAUUGAGUCUAGGGUUAUUCAAGGUGCAAGAAAUAUAAUUAAAUUUUUACAAAAAUCUGGACAGGAGAAGAAAGGAUUACAAGAGGCUGAAAGAAGACUGCAAGAAUCUAGUCAAAAAUUAGACUUAUUACAAUGUUCUCUGGAGAAGCUGAUGCCAAAAGUAUCCCCAGAGCAGGCUGCUAUAGGAAUCUACAAGGAUGAAGGCUUUGGUACACCACCCUCAUAUGCUGAUCGUAAGGCUGUGGGACUUGGGAGACAACAAUAUUCUUCAAUAACGAAACCUGCUGCUCUUACAGGGCAAUUGAAUGUUGUUUUAAUUGGAGCACAAAAACUAUUAACUGUGGUACCCAAUAGAGACCCAAGAAAAACAACUAGUUUAGCUAUGGUUAGUCCUGAUGGCAAGCUAGAUGCACGCCCUGGAUCAAGUAAACGAAAAAGUGGUUACAACAAAUGGAAUGUAGAUGACAGUUUAUCAAAUGAAUUAUGUGCCGUCCUUAAAUUAGAUAACACUUUUGUUGGACAAACCAGCUGGGUUACUUUAGGGGAUAAAUGUUGGCAACAACAAUUCACUAUCGAACUCGACAAGUCUAGAGAAUUAGAGAUAGGAGUACAUUGGAGAGAUCACCGUUCACUCUGYGGAGUAGCUUUCGUCCGACUGGAAGAGUUUGUAGACAAUCAACAACACAAGAUACAAGUCCAGUUAGAACCUCAAGGAACCUUACUAGCUGAGGUAACCUUCUUGAAUCCAAUGGUUACAAGGAAACCUAAACUACAACGACAAAAAAAGCUCUUUCAUAUACACAAAGGAAAAAACUUCUUACGUGCUGGUCAGAUGAACACCAAUGUAGCCACAUGGGCCAGGCUAUUAAAGAGGGCAGCUCCAACAAAUUGUACAACCAACAACACUGCACUCAGUCCUAAUUCAAGUGCCCAGCCUACCCAAUCAACAGGUAGAUCUUCUAGUCAACCUUUUGCUAGUAAUGUGACCACACCACCAAGACCACAGCCCUACAACCCUGAAGCAUCUAAAGGUCCAUCAAAAGCUAUGUCUCCCAAUACCUACCAAGUACCACAUAAUAAUAAAACCACACCCAAAAGACCAGCAGAACGAGAAGUACAGGACGCUUUGUCAGCCUUUGGGUUCCUGGACAGUCCCCAGAGUCCACCAUCAGCUCCUGUCAAAACAAGACCACCCCCUCCUAUCCCUGUCCGGCACAGGGUUCCUUCGCCAGUGAAUUCAAGUCAUAUGUCAAUAAAAAACUUUAGAUGUAUUAGUGUAUUAGGGCGAGGCCACUUUGGCAAGGUUAUAUUGGGAGAAUACAGAAACACUAACGAGCUAUUUGCGAUAAAAGCUUUGAAAAAAGGAGAUAUUAUAGCAAGGGAGGAGGUGGAAAGUUUAUUAGCAGAGAAGAGGAUCUUUCUCACUGCUAACAAAACAAGACACCCUUUUCUUGUUAAUUUGUUCGCCUGCUUUCAGACUGAAGAGCACGUGUGUUUUGUAAUGGAAUACGCGCCUGGUGGCGAUCUCAUGAUGCAUAUACAUGCUGAUGUCUUCUCGGAAUCCAGGACUGUUUUUUAUACAGCGUGUGUAGUGCUGGGACUACAGUACCUACACGACCACGAGAUCGUCUACAGAGAUCUAAAACUGGAUAAUUUACUGCUGGACUCAGAAGGUUACGUCAAGAUAGCUGAUUUUGGUCUUUGUAAAGAAGGCAUGGGUUAUGGCGCAAAAACGGGGACGUUUUGUGGGACACCAGAGUUUCUCGCACCAGAGGUACUAACUGAGACGUCGUACACACGAGCAGUAGACUGGUGGGGAUUAGGAGUGUUAAUAUUCGAGAUGUUAGUAGGAGAGUCACCCUUCCCUGGCGAUGAUGAAGAGGAAGUAUUCGACUCAAUCGUAAACGAUGAAGUUCGUUACCCUCGGUUUUUAUCGACYGAAUCCAUCGCAAUCAUGAGACGGCUUCUCAGACGAAACCCUGAACGUCGGCUAGGUGCAACCGAGAAAGACGCCGAGGACGUGAAGAAACAACCAUUCUUUAGGGACGUCAGAUGGGAAGACCUACUGGCUAGAAAAGUUCGGCCCCCUUUCGUUCCUACAGUAAAACACGCUGAAGAUGUCAGUAAUUUCGAUGAAGAGUUUACUUCAGAAGAACCGGUUCUUACCCCUCCAAAGGAAGCCAGAUCGCUAAGUAUUGAAGAGCAGGGACUUUUCACUGAUUUUGACUAUACUGCUGACUGGUGCUAGCUUAAAAAAGCUCUCCCAAAAAAGCCAUCAGUAAACUAGAUAGCUUACUAAUAGCCCUAUAAUAAGAACUAUUUUACAAUCAUCCACUUGUAAAAUAUAGUAAUUUUAUGAAGCCUCAAGUGAUAUUAUUAUAUUAUUAUUUUUUUUUUUAGUUUUUUUAUUUACUCUUUCAUAAACCUUAUAAUAUCAUUGAGGAGAGAUGUCCAUGCUGUAAAUUGAAAUCUUACAUCUUUCCUAAUUUUCUGCCCGAGAAUCAUGUAUAAAAUMCCCUUGAAUGGAACAAAAAUAUUGUUCUUGUAUUGCAGAAACAACAUUAAAUUUGACAAUCAGUU